ACAAAAGGGGCCUUAACAAGUUACUCCGUACUACUUAUUGGGAGGGAAGCCAGAACAUUGAAAACACAAAAUGAACGGCUUGAACGCACCUUCAUUCAGGAAGCGGCGGAUACAGGAAAUGCACCCGGGAAACGGCGAGUUGGAUAGUGGAGACCCAGAGGAGCGACCAAUGCACAUUGAAGAGAAAGCCCUGGUUGCUCUCAUUGAACAUCGCUCCAAGGAAGUUGAACAUCUUCGAAAUCGAUUAUCAUACUACAAAAGCGAGCUUGAAGCAGAAGAGAAGAGGUUAGGUGAAUCACAACAGAAGUUGGCUCAACUAAGGAGCAAGAACAGUGUUAGGAAAUUCCAAACCCAUGUAGACGAACCUAGACAGGAUCCUGACCUGGUUACCAGUAAGCUAUACAGAAUAUCUCCCAAACCAGCUAUUACCUUCUGGAAGAGCGAAACUUCUUAUACAAACAAGCCUCAGAUCAAACAUUGCUCUGAAAUUCUUAAUAUCAAACAAGAAGAUGAGCAGGAAGACAUGGUGACAGAUUCUGUCCCUAAAAGUUUCACCUGUCCUAGAUCUUCUGCUGGCGAACCUGGUUUGUGCAAUCUUAAAGGAGACCAAAGUCAGAGAACUUUUAAUGAAAAGGAAAUGGUUGAUGCUCGAGAUAAGGGAGAAACAGGAACUUCUGAUAAAAAAGUGCAGAAGGAUCUAAUUUCUAUGGUUAAUUGCUACUCUUCACCAUGCACAAUCAAAUGCCAGACAUGUGCUGUUGCAUCCAGUCAACACAAAAGAAAGCUGAGAAGUCUUGUAUUGUGUCCAUGUAAUGAGAAACUUUUUGCCACCAGUGCACUGGAUGGAGCAGUCAAUUUGUGGAAGCUUCAGGAUAGUGGAUCAAGUGCAGUCCUUCUUAGUACCGCUAAUUGCUUGUCACCCAAGAAAAGGAGAUGGCCAGAAGAUGUUGCCUGGCAUCCUGAGGGGAAUUCCAUUCUAUCAGUUUACACUGCUGAUGGUGAAGAAUCACAGAUCUCAAUCUUGAAUCUUAAUGAACCAAAAGAGAGUUCAAAAGUAAGAUUCUUGGAAGAAAAUCCACACGUUAAAGGCAUCAUCAACAGCAUAAUGUUCAUGCCCUGGGAAGUCAACUCUUUUGCUACCGGAGGCAGUGAUCACGCCGUUAUCUUUUGGUCAGAGAAGGAGCGGGAGAAUUCAUUUAAACCUAACGUGUUACACAAAAAUGUCCAUUCCUCUGCUGUGAUGGGGGUAUCUGGGCUGCAACAAAAGAAUAUUGUCAUGUCCGCUGGUGCUGACAAAAGGAUCGUUGGGUUUGAUCUUAUAGCAGAGAGGGUGGAAUAUAAGCAUCAAUUGGAAAGCAAAUGCAUGAGUGUUCUACCUAAUCCGUAUGACCUUAAUCUUUUCAUGGUUCAGACAGGGACUUUAGAGAAGCAGCUAAGGUUGUUUGAUAUAAGAGCGAGGCAAACAGAGGUCCAUUCACUCGGUUGGAAGCAAGAAAGCAGUGAAACUCAAUCUGCUCUUAUACAGCAGUCCUGGUCUCCCAAUGGCUUGUACAUUUCAUCCGGAUCAAUGGACCCUGUCAUCCACAUAUUUGAUAUAAGGUACAAGUCACACAAACCUUCCCAGUCCAUAAACGCACACCAGAAACGUGUCUUCAAGGCCGUUUGGCACCCCACAUUGCCUCUACUGAUAUCCAUCUCCUCUGAUCUCAACAUUGGAUUACAUAGAACUGAUUGAGUUGUAGAAAAAAUUGCAUUGUUCCAAUGUGGAACUGUUCUGUUUUUGUGAUUUUUGACCCAAGAAAAUGAAUUUAAAUGUAAAUUGAAAGGUUAUGCUGUGUAACAAUUGAGGGUGCCCAUAAUUGGAAUUCUGGGAACGUCAACUACUACUAUCUCAACUCCUGUCAGAGAGCCAGCGGAAGGGGGGUGGGGGUGGGGCUUAGAGAUGAAGGAUAUUAGUUAGUGUUCUACUAAGCAGUAGGUUGGAUGUAGAUUAGGGGCAGCUUUGUAAAAGCGCAAUUAGUCAAAAAGAUGCUGACUUGCAUCGGAAUUGGGGAUCUUAACGUUUUUUUUCCGGAUACACCUGAUGCUGAAUGCUUGGUUUGGCAAUAGAAUCCAUCAUUUUACGAUUUCUGUAGAAAGAAAUAAAGAUUACGGCAACACUUUUAUGUAAAAGUGAAAGACUCAGUUUAUAAAUAAAGUGACAAAAGGAAAAUGUGAAAUAGUGCGAUUUGGAAGUAUAAUGUAGUGUCUGGAAGGAUUGAGAUCCCUAUAUUUUUUUGUAUUUGUUUUUGUGAAAUUAAUAGGAAAAAGUGUCUAGCCCUCCCGAAAAUCUCAAUUAAAAUCCCCAACUAAAUUAUCAUCCAAUUAAACCCACAAACGCACACAAAAAUGUCAAAUAUGCUUUUCAGUCUGUAAGCUCCAAAUUCUUCUUUUCUUUCUUUCCUUUACCUUAUCUUUCCUUGUUUUUUCUUCCCGGCCACCUCCCCCUAUAUCUCCCCUUUCAUCGUCGCACGCAGACCAUCUCCAAUUCCCCAUUUUUUUUCUUCUAACCCAAACUUUUUCUCCCUCCUAUAUGUCUGCUUCUCUUCUACCGAUCCCUCUUCUUUUCUUUUUUCUUCUUCCCGGCCACCCCAUUUUCUACGAACAUUUUCUUUCUUCUUCUUCCAUGUGUGGAACUCCGACGAGAAGCGCGGCUAUGGUGGUGGAGCUUAUCAGCUCCUGAUGCUACGUCGUUGGAGCCGGUCUUUGUCGGUGGCGGCGAGAAUUAGCUCGAGAAGGUGACCAAGGGUGACAGCAAUUGACGACCUCGAACCGGGCAGAAGAAAGAAGAAGAAAUCGAUGGUGGAUUCCGGAUGACCAAUCUGCUCAAACUGGGCGGAAGAAAGAAGGGGGUGUAGACGUCGGAGAUGGCGGGGCUGAAAGAAGUAGAGGGAGAACGGGGCAGAAGAAGAAAGUGACAAGAGGAGACGAGCUCGAUUUUCCGGCGCGCACCUCCGGCGAAAGGAACAACUAACAAGGAUGACAAGGAAGAAACCGAGGAUAAAGAAAGAAGCAAAGGGAGAGAAGAGAAAGAAAGAAGAAAGUACGUAACCGGAGAAGUGUCUGGCAAAGAACAAAGUUGCAGGAGGAAAGAAGGAAAAAAAAAAGAAAAAACUUAAAAAUAUACACUUGGACUGCCGUGUCACUUAUGUAACCGGAUGACCGAACCUUUACCUACUGAAUUAGAAAUGUGAUUGUUUUUGCAAAGUUGAUGGAGUGGGAUUUUAAUUGUCAUUUUCGUAAUGGUAGGA